ACGCCGGGUGUCAAUGAUCACGAGGUCUGGGGGGUAAAAAGCUGCAGAGCCUGAAAAGAACCUCAUGCAGACAGAGAAGUCCACAGAGAGCCGGAUCAGCACCGCACCGUCAACAGAGCGUCAGUCCUGUGUGCAGAUUCAUAUGCAGAAACCGCGGGCUGGGUGAAGAUGAUGUUUGAGAAUAUCCUGGAGGAAGUCGGCGGUUUUGGGCCUUUCCAGAUCGGCAUCGUGGUCCUGCUGUGCGUCCCUCGGAUAGUUCUGCCCUGUCACUUCCUGUUGAACAACUUCAUCGCCGCGUCGCCUCCUCACCGCUGCGACAUCGGCACGCUGGGCGCCGGAGGAGGAGGACUCUUCGGGAAUUUGACCGGCGAGCAGCGACUGACCGUCGGCCUCCCGCUGCGAGAAGAUGGCGCCCCGAAAUCCUGCGAGAUGUUCGCAGAGCCUCAGUUCCAGCUGCUGGCCAACGGCUCGGCCGGCGCCGACCUGCCCACCGUUCCGUGUCGCAGCGGAUGGGUGUACGACAACUCCACCUUCGCUGCCACCCUGACAACAGAGUGGGACCUCGUCUGCGAUAGAAAAAGCCUGAUACAAACCACCAGCUCCAUCUUCUUUCUUGGACUGAUGAUCGGGGCCGUCACUUUUGGAUUCCUCUGUGAUAAGUACGGCAGGAAGAAAACCCUCCUGGCCUCGUACGUCAUCUCCAUCGCGUUCGGCUUCGCCAGCGCGUUCGCUAACUCCUACGUGGCGUUCGCGGUCCUGAGAUUCAUCACCGGGUUCGGACUGACGGGAAUCAGCAUCAACGCCGUUGUUCUCGGCAUCGAGUGGGUGGACACACGUCACAGGUCCUGUAUCGGAGUGAUCGGCGGCCUGUCCUGGUCCGUAGGUAACAUGCUGCUGGCCGGGUUGGCCUUCAUGGUGAACGACUGGCGGACGCUGAUCAUGGUCGUCACGGCGCCGCUGGGCUUUGCGGUCCUGACCUGGUGGUGGAUUCCUGAAUCUGCCCGCUGGCUUUUGGCUCAUGGGAAAGUGGAGAAUGCUCAGUUCUAUUUGGACAAAUGUGCCAAGUUCAACAAAAGACAAAAAGUGGCAUCCAAAUUUAAAUUGGAGACGCUCUCCAACAUAGAAAAGCCAGACAAAAGCUACAACUACCUCCACCUGGUCAAGACCCCCAAGAUGAGGCGGUUAACUCUUCUCACUGGGAUCGUGUGGUUUGGAGUCGCUUCCACGUAUUACGGGAUCAGCUUGAACAUCGGCGGGUUCGGGUUGAACAUUUACCUCACGCACUUCAUCUACGCCGCCGUCGAAGUCCCCGCCAAGCUGCUCAUCUACGUCUUCCUCAACCUCGUCGGACGGAAGAAGUGCCAAGCGGGCACGCUGCUACUGACGGGAACCUGCAUCGUCGCCAACAUAUUUAUACCGCAAGGUCUGUGGCACGUGCGUGCCGUCGUCGCCGUCGUCGGAAAAGGCCUCUCGGAAGCUUCCUUCACGACCGUCUUCCUCUACACUACCGAGCUUUACCCCACGGUCGUCAGACAAAACGCUUUGGGCUUCAAUAACUUCAUGAGCCGCCUGGGCGUGUCCGUGGCGCCGCUCAUCCUGCUGCUGGAGGACGUGUGGCCCGUUCUUCCUCAGGUCAUCAUCUGCUCCGUGGCCAUCGUCUCCGGCCUGGUGGCGCUGCUGCUGCCGGAGACGAUGGACGCGAGGCUGCCGGAGUCCAUCGACGACAUCGAAAAGCCGAGGUCGGUAAAAAAAAAGGAGAGAUGGACGCCACGAGGUGGAAUAAAAUGAAAAUGUUUUUGGCGACAUCUGGUGGUAGUUUUGGGAAUGAGCUCUGAGUUAUGUUUCCCUUCUGAUACUCAAACUGAAAAUCAAAGUGCAUCCAGACUUUUUCUCUUACACAGCCAUUCCAUAAUCACCUUGGCAUUUUCACUGGA